UUUGUCAUUCGGUCCCUGGCCACCGGAGGGUACGCACGUGCGUCAAAAUAAAAAUAGUGUUAAGUGCGAAAAUGUUACAAAUCGCGUUGUUUUUGUUUUUGUGUGCGUACGCGCAUGGUGUGAGUGUGACGACCACUGAAGGUGAACUUAUAGGGUCGAAGGCUCAAGAUGGGGACUAUUAUGUGUUCUACGGUGUUCCUUACGCCGGCCCGACGGAUAGGGAUAACAGGUUUAAGGCCCCCGUACCAGCGGUGCCCUACCCGGGGCCGCUAACCGCGUUGGACAGCAACGUGAUGUGCGCCCAGCCGACAGAGAGAGGUCUCGUGGGCGUAGAGAACUGCCUCAAACUCAACAUCUUCACGAAAAACGUCACCACACCCAAACCCGUCUACGUCUUCCUCAACUCACACGAAUACACAACCAGCCCCAUACAAACCAUGUUCUCGUAUAAAGAUCUGGUCGAAAAAGACAUCGUUUUUGUCACCAUGAAUUUCAGACUGUCAGUCUUUGGAUUUUUGUGUUUGGGAGUACCUGAAGCGCCAGGUAAUGCAGGAUUGAAAGAUGUGAUCCAUGGACUCAAAUGGAUUCAAGAGAAUAUUGCCAGUUUUGGAGGAAACCCUAAUAAUGUAGUGUUAUUGGGCCACGGCGCUGGUGCUGCGGUGGUGGACUUGAUAACACUUACUCCACAAUCUCAAAACUUGGUGCAUAAAGCUAUUGCUUUGAGCGGGUCAGCUUUAGCCCCAUGGGCUGUGGCUUACGAACCUAUUCAACACGCCCAACUCUUGGGCGAUAGACUUGGAUAUGCAGGAAAAUCUUCAGAAGACCUAGCUAUAAAUUUAAUCAUUACUGACAUCCACGUCAUAAACUCUGGAUUAGAUUUCAAGUUCCAAAAUAACACACCGAUAUUCGCACCCUGCAUUGAAGAUCCUAAUGUGAAUGGUUCACUUCUUACUGAUGCUCCCAUUAACGUGCUGAGAUCUGGUAACUACAGUCAUAUUCCAGUUAUCUACGGAUACACGAGCAAGGAAGGUACACUAAGAGUUACCGAAGCUGCCUCUGGGGACUGGUUGACGUUGAUGCAAAAUAACUUUACAGAUUUCUUGCAAGUGGACUUGAAAUUUAACGAAAAUACGACUGUAGAGGCGGCAAACAUCCGUAAUUUCUACUUCAGCAACAGCGCGAUAAGUAUGGCUACUAUCGACGACUAUUUAGACUAUCAAGGAGACACUCUGGUCCUGGUCUCGACGAUAAGAACAGCUAUAGCCAGAGCUUCGACAACUUCAAGCGAAGUGAGGCUGAUGGAGCUUGGCUACAUGGGAACCAGUAACACAGAUUGGGGAUACAAUCAGGUUCCUCUUAACGGCGCCAAACACGGAGACUUCCUGAACUACUUGUUUAACUAUGACUUAAGGCAGGUUGAUCAGCCCGUCAGAACUUCGAUCGUCAACCGAAUUGUGGGUUUCGCUAACAAUUGGAAUUCUCUUCGCGCCGUUACAGCAUGGCCUCCUCUCACCCCGAGUGUCACCAACUACCUUUACUACGGCGGCAAUGGGGAGCCGCUAAACAACUCCGCGAUCCACACUGAAGAAUACAAGGUCAUUCUCCACCCUCAGCGUAUGACUUUCUGGAACAGCCUCUACGAUAGAUAUUACGUCGCACCUACGUUUAACUCUUCCAGUACGGCUAUUGUCAGUGUUGUCUUUGUUAUGUUGUGUCAAUUGGUUGUUAGAUUCUUUUAGAUUUAAUUUUUUAAUGUUUCUAUAAAAACUUUUUUUGCCUGUUCAGUGUGACUUUUUUUUUAUCGAAGUCCCAUCUCGUACAAUCUCAGUAUGGGAUCUAGAAUAUUACUAUGUAUACUUUGUUCAAAAUGAAGCAGUUUUUUAUUUUACAAAUAAACUUAGCGUCUAUAUCAUUGUUAUGUCUAUGCUGUGAGUAAUUUUAAAGUGUCUAAGCAUUUUAUUAUUAUGAAGAACAAAGGCCCAAGCAUGAUAGUCGUAAUAUAAUCGGAACAUAGUUAACAAGAGAUUUAAACGUAUAUUAAAUCUUUUAUUUGUUUAAAGGCUAAAACUAGUAUUUUAUGACGCGACAAAUGUAAUGACGCUUUAUAAAUGAUAAUUAUUAAUUAUGUUUAAAAAAGAGCCCAAAGAGCUGACAGAAAAUUGACAGCUGUUACCUAUUUAAUUUCAAGACAUACUAUCAGUGAUUGAUGAGACAUACAUAUGUAAAGAGAACAAAAAUAAAUACUCAGUAGUAUCAUUGUAUUUUACAGUCUUUUCCAGUGACCUACACCUGUAACAUGUCUUCCAGAAUCAUUAUGUUCUCUCUCUUGAACCAUCUCAAUUAAAUUUUCAAUAAUACUUGCUAAAUUAUCGUGGUAUCGAACGUAUACGUAUAUGUAACUCAUAGGCACUUUUAAUUUAAAGCAACGCAACACCUGAAAUGUUUCGAGUCUGCUGCAUAAACCUCAAAAAAUUGGCUUACUUGCUUGGCUUCGUUAUUUAUUCAACCACGUACGAAGCCAGAUUAACAAAUUUUAAUUUCAAACCAAAUCUUAAGUAAUUCAUUUUCUUGUGUUUAAAUUAAACUAGACUACAAUUAAGACAUAAUACGUAAUUACAUCUAAUUUUAAUAAAAAUGCUUCUAAUUAUACAUCAAUAAAAUUAAGUUUUCCCUAAUCUUCAUGUCAUUACCAUAAUUACCUGAAUUGAUGUUAAUUAACAGGUUAUUAAGUAUUGAUUAUAAUUAAGUAACUGUUUAAGCUAUUUAGAACUUUUGUUUGGAACUAAGUUAUAAGCUAAAAUUUCCUUUUGUUUUAUAUUUUUAUUCUUAGGAAUAUGACUUCAACAUAAUAUUGUUUUUAAUAAAUUGUAAACAAAUUAAUCCACAUGUGACCAGUUCAAGUGAACUGGAUGCAUUAGGCAGAGAUCGUCUUAUGUUUCUUUGGAGAGGCCUAUGCCCAGCAGUGGUCUACGGAGGACUAAAGUGGUUGAUGAUAUUAAAAUGUAACGUUACCAGUAAAGGAUGCAUUUAUUAAGACAAACGGAUGAAAGAAAGAAACAGAGGAUACAUACAAAUAAUGUUACAUAUUAUUCUACAAUUACAUUUAAUAAGAUAAGUAUUGUGCCAAAUGUAUUCAAUAAAUCUUAGUGUUAUGAAUAAUAA